ACAGAACAUCCGCUUGGUUUUGUUAUUGUCGGAUGUGUCUUCUCAAAAUAUUGGGAAAAAGUAUAAAAAGUAGAAUAUUUGUGCAAAAAAGAUUUAAAAUGGCUUGGAGAAGUGAAGGGGCAACAAAUAAAGAUCUUAUUGAGCAAUUACAAACAUAUGGCAUAAUAAAAAGUGAAAUAAUUGCAAAAGUUAUGAAAGAUACAGAUAGAAAACUUUACUGUCGUGUAGCUUACCCUUAUGUAGACCGUCCUUGUUCGAUAGGAUAUUCAGCCACUAUAUCAGCACCUCAUAUGCAUGCUUAUGCUUUAGAACUACUUCAAAAACAGCUGACUUCAAAUGCAAGAGUAUUAGAUGUUGGUGCUGGAAGUGGAUAUCUAACUGUUUGUUUCUCACGAUACUUACAAGCACAAUCGACUGAAAGUAAUGGAUUUGUAGUUGGAAUUGAGCAUCACCCAAAAUUAGUUGAAUUCGCAAAAGAGAACAUUAACUCUGAUGACCCUAAUUUAUUAAAUAAUGGCAAAGUGAAAAUAAUUCAAGGGGAUGGAAGAUUGGGAUGCGAAGAGUUUGCCCCAUACGACGCUAUUCAUGUUGGAGCAGCUGCGAGUCAAAUUCCUGAUAACUUGUUGAAACAAUUAAAACCUGGUGGAAGAUUGAUAUGUCCUGUUGGACCAGCAGGUGAUACACAGCAACUUGAGCAAUAUGAUAAACUUCUUAACGGGGAAAUAAAAAAGCAAACUCUCAUGUCUGUUGUAUAUGUUCCCUUAACGGACUUAAAAGAUUGACUGUCCUUUAAAAACAUUGUAAGAUUGAUUAUCAUUAUAAUGCUUAUAUUUUUCAUUUUUUGGAGAUUAAAACAUGCUUUGUUUCCUAAUUUGUGAAUAAAAACUAAUAUGUUUAACUUUCA